CUCCAUUCCUUCAUCAUCAAAUUUCCGCUGCCUGGCUAAGAAUUCUUCAUCUUCUCGGUUUCUUUCCAUGAUGGAAUCUCUCAGUGAAGAGACAUGGGAUACUGUCAUCUGCGGCACAGGUCUGUCGCAAUCCCUUCUUGCUCUCGCCCUCUCGCGGUCCAAGAAGCGGAUUCUUCACCUCGAUGCCAACGACUUCUAUGGCGAGAAUGAAGCAGCGUUAAGCUUGCAGGAGGCUGACUCCUGGGCUCACGAUCAUGCUGAAAGCCAGCCUAGCAAUACGCUUGCACUCUCAGAGAAUGACGCUGGCGAAACCGUUGCUGAGAGAGUUGACGAGGGGAAGCAAGCGACACCCCCCACCUCAUCCGGAAUACGGUCAUCGAUCUUCCGAAAUGUACAGGUGUGGAGGCAUCCAGAUGCCGAUGGUCGAGGGCUGUCUUUCCCCAGGGCAUACUCCCUCGCCUUGGCUCCACAAAUCAUACAUUCCAAAUCGAAACUUCUCUCACAACUUGUCUCAUCAAAGGCAUACAAACAAGUUGAGUUUCUAGCUGUAGGCUCCUUCUUCGUCUACGGUGACGCGGAUGCCGCCUCUAGUACAACGCUGGCCCGUAUACCUAGUAGCCGCGAAGACGUCUUUUCUGCACGGUCAAUUCCGGCAAGGUCAAAGCGAGCAUUAAUGAAGUUUCUGAAGUUUGUGAUUGAUUACGAGUCAGAUGAGCAGAAGCCUAUUUGGCAACCCCAAGCUGAUAAGCCACUCUCUGAAUUUCUUGCUGAGGAUUUCAAGCUCGACAAAAACCUUCGCGACUCUAUUCUUGCAAUGACUCUAACCUUGGAUGGCCAUAUUACCGUAAAGGAUGGAUUGGCCACAAUUCACCGACAUCUGACGUCUAUAGGACUCUUCGGACCUGGUUUCUGCGCCGUGUAUCCCAAGUGGGGCGGGAUAUCAGAAAUUGCUCAGGUAGGAUGUCGCGCUGGAGCAGUUGGAGGUAGCACGUACAUGCUCAACACUGCUGCGUCGAUGGGCGAGCCUAAUGGCAGUGGUGAAAUCACUCUCACGUUGGCGAACGAAGUCUCAAUCCGGACGACCGCCUUUAUCACUUCACAGCAAAAUUGCUCAGCUACCUCGUAUACCGUCUCAAGACUUGUGGCUGUCAUUAACGCAACUUUUCAGUCGUUAUUUGAAACGUCAACGGAAGGUGCGCCAACUCCCGCUGUUGUCGUCGUCGCCUUUCCUUCAGGGUCUCUACUAGAUGACGUACAAGCUGAGUCGACUGUUCCAAUCUAUGCAUUUGUACACUCCAGUGAUACUGGAGAAUGUCCUGCAGGUCAAAGUGUCAUAUAUUUGACUAUGCAAACAACGCCGCAAUCUUCGCAUCUUCUUGAUGCAGCCUUAACUGCUCUGCUGCAGAAUGAAACGACCACAGCAGAUGUUCUAUACAAGCUAUACUAUGAACAAGCGGCCACUUCCCGCCAACCGUUGGCCACUCCGCAAGGCAGUGCUACUGUGUUUGAGUUCCCAUCUCCCUCACUUAGCCUGGCUUUUGAUGAUGGGAGCCUAGAUGCUGUUCAGGAAGCCUGGAAACUCAUAAUGAAGGAUGAAGGUAUAGAUGAUGCAUUCAUGCAAUUCGAGGAUCGCGAAGGUGUGGAUGAUGACGACGAUGUUUACGAUUAAGGUAGUCGUCGAUCACAUUAUUUAUUCUAUCAUACCUUAGCGAUAGUGAUUCAAUCUGUAGAGACAGUAAAUACAAUACCUACCAUUUCGCUUAUA